AUGGAUGAAGGUGGCGAGUCGAGACGCCCAAGGGCCGAGUCUGGGCCCCGCGGGCCAACCUCACCGACCAGAAGCUCUCGUGGCAUUGCAGACGAAGAUGCCAUCUCACCUACAAGGGGCCUCUCUGCGGCCGAGGAAGGCCAGCUAGGUGAAGGCCUUCGACGCCGCAGCUCGGCUGCCAGACGCAGUGGCAGUGCGGGCAUACCGAGUUUAGCUCCUCGAACGACUCUUGCGGAUCGAACGCAAGGCAAAUUUACUUUGGCUGGACCGGACGAGACCACGCAAAUGCGGCUGUCUCACGAGCCUUUCGUACAGCCUGGAUAUGCCGACUUGAACCCUUCCUAUGAACAGGCAAACAAUGCGAAACCCGUCUGGAGUUUGGCCAAGCCUUUGCCGCGUGUAGUUCGACCGGGAAUGGUCCCGAUGAAGGAGGAAUUACUGCAGAACCGUGCUAAUGCACAGCUUCCGGCUGAAAAUUCGCAAAGGCUCGGGCUUGAUGUCAAUCCCAAUGACCUAGAGCAGGGGAAAAUCGAAAAAACUGCCGACCCUCGGAAGAUGGCGGCGAUGGUGGAAGAUGCGCGACAGCAGCGCGAGAAUAACUUCAUGAACAAGAUUCUGAAUGGCGAGACCACUUCUGUGAGACAGGGUUCGCGUAUGUCUCGCACUUCCUCAAUGCGUAUGAGACGCCCAUCCGCAUGGGGAGGGUCUCAGGACCACCUCUCUACUGUCGAUGAAAGACCAUCAGACGUAACAAAUGAUGAUCGGGAAAGGCCGAAUCAAUACCUGAGCGAUGAUCCCCUUCGCCCUGUCGCCGAAGAGCCAGAAGGUCAAUUGGGCCCUGACAUGGAAGGAAAGAUCGAGUUCCCGGCAAUUGAUGAUGCCACCUUCCCUGAAGAUUUACAUCCACUGAUACAAGAGUUGGUUGAAGAUGAGGUGCAUAACAACCAUACGACUUGGUCUGUUAUUCGUACGCAUCAUCGCGAAGCUUUAGCUGAGGCACUGGCAGUUUAUGUCCAGCUCACCAUUGGAUUCUGUGCUGAUCUAUCGGUGACUGUGGCAAAUGCCGGCAAUCCCAACACUACUGCUUGGGCCUGGGGCUUGGCUACUAUGAUCGGAAUUUACAUUUCCGGUGGUGUUUCUGGUGCCCAUCUGAACCCAGCUAUUACCAUAAUGCUUUGGUUCUACCGUGGUUUUCCAAAGCGGUUAAUGCCUGAGUACUUUGCUGCUCAGUUCGUUGGUGCAUUUUGUGCCGCAUUAACUGCGUAUGGUCUAUACUACCAAUCGAUCCAAAUGUAUACGAGCACAAACGCCGCCACCAGCAUCAUAAAUAGUUUCGUGACCAGCCAGCGCGAAACCUGGAUUGACGCCGCCACGGCAUUCUUCACAGAGUUCCUCGGAACCUGUUUUCUCACUGUUACUGUUUUGGCCUUGGGUGAUGACCAAAAUGCCCCUCCCGGAGCUGGCAUGAGUUCUCUGAUUAUUGGCCUCGUUAUCACAUGCCUCAGCAUGACAUUUGCUUACCAGACUGGUGCGGCUUUCAAUCCGAGUCGUGAUUUUGGCCCGCGCCUUGCACUUCUGGCCCUGGGUUAUACCAAUGAUUUGUUCCGGAAUCCGUACUGGUUCUAUGGGCCAUGGGCGGGCGCUGUGAGUGGAGCGUUCAUGGGUGGCUUCCUGUACGAUUUCAUGAUCUUUACGGGCGGUGAAUCUCCGGUCAACUAUCCAUUAGAGAGAACCCAGCGGGCGAUGAAAAAGAGCGGGUUGAAGUGGAGACGCCGGCUAGGUCUUUCCAAGGAGGAACCACAGAGUAUAGCCAUUGCUUGA